CCACCCGCCAUAAAACAAUAAAAAUAAGAAGAAGAGUAUAGCCAGCUCUUUCAGUGGUUUUUCUUUGCUGCUGAAUUGCAGAGAUAAAACAUACACAAUGACCAAACUGCAGCUGCUGCACCGCGCGCUGAACGAGCGUCUGAUGGCGGCGGUGGAGCAGAUCAUGGAGAUGGUCGGCGACACGGUGCUGGAGUAUGAAGAAGAGACGAUCCGUGCCCGGAAAGAAAACGAGCUUCUGAGACGGAGGCUCCGGUGGAUGGAGGGGGCAAAUCGAGCCGACUGGCCAGGCCCAUCAGAACCUGUUAUGCUUUCCACAAUGGACGAGGCCAGUCCAUCCCGGCAAGAUGAGGGUGCUGCCAACAUCGGAUUUGGACAGCAAUCAGAAGCUCUUGAAAUCAAAACAGAGUCGACUGAUCUCCCACUGUGCAUUAGACCUGAAAGCAGUGUCACCACAUUUCCUCAAAGCAUCGAUCAGGGAUCUGACAAUGCCGGGACAGGCGCUGGCAUUGCCUAUGGCCUGACAGACAGUAUGACCUGGGACUCUGGCCAAAGUUACAUGGCCCCUCUGGACUUUGAUCCAACUCCAGGUCCCUCCAGGGUCCGGCACUGGAGAGGACGCAACAGAAGGCAGAGGAUGUCCUUUGCCUGUCCAGACUGUGGUAAAGUCUUUGGGAGGGAACAGAGGCUGAUGGUUCAUAUGCGGAUUCAUUCCACUGAGAGGCCUUAUGCAUACCGCCGGCGCAAGGCGUGCUUCUAUGGUGACAAUAGGAAAAAGAGGAAACUGCACAGGCUCUCUCAGCUCUCAAGAGAAAUUGUGGAUGAUCUGUCAGAUGGCUCCGAGCAGACGAACAGGAGUAGUGCAUCGCCUGAACAACUAGAAACCACUGCACCAGGUCUAGAAGAAGAGCCUGAGAGUGACCAUACCAGCAGUGAUAAAGAAGCAGAAAAGAGAAUUACCACCUCUGUGCGGAAUCAGCACGAAAAAAAAGUUGUAAACCAGAUGUGUCACUGCCCUCAUUGCCCUCAUCGGGUGUUCGCUCGGCCCUGUCAAUUAGCCAUGCACAUGAAGACCCACACGGUCACAACUCAUGUCAACCGACCCACCCAAGCACAGUCAGGAACUCGGGAGAUAGUGGAUGUGAACAGGAAUUUACCCAAGAGGCAAAGAAAAAAAAAUGUGGAGAAGAAGCCCGAAGUUGCUGACAAUCAUGAGCACCAUUGUCCAGACUGUGACAGAGUCUUCUCUUAUGCAAGUCGGUUGCGUUUCCACAUGAAGUCCCAUAAUUCCAAAAAGGCUUUAUUACUCAAAACUUUGCCAAUCAAGGCUGAGGUGACUAAAGAAGACACAACUGUGGCCGUGCUAAAGAAAACAUAUGCAUGCCCACAUUGUGAUAAAUUGUUUACUCGUGAAGGAUGGCUGUUACCGCACAUUCGCUCUCAGCACAAGGAAGUAAAGAACAGGAGUGAUUACGUUGACAUGUUUGCCAGUAGACGUACUAGAUCGCAACAGCCUUUCACCAUGCAAUUUCGUAAGCGCACAACUACGAAGUGGGGAGAAGACACUAAGGACCUGAGACUGAAAAAACAGAAAACUAAAGAAUCAAGAAGGGUCCAGGCUAAACUACUUCAAACAAGUGUUCAGUCCAUCCUGGUUGUUGAUGUUUCCACAAUCACAAAUGAUGAGGCUGAACAAAGUGCAGAUCCUCCUACAAUGAGCACAGAUGAGGCUGAACAAAGUGAAGAUCUUUUGAAACCAGGCACAGAUGAGGCUGAACAAACUGAAGAUCUUUUGAAAACAGGCACAGAUGAGGCUGAACAAAGUGAAGAUCUUUUGAAACCAGGCACAGAUGAGGCUGAACAGUGUAAAGAUCUUCUGAAAACAGGCACAAAUGAGACUGAACAAAGUGAAGAUCUUCUGAAAACGGGCACAAAUGAGACUGAACAAAGUGAAGAUCUUCUGAAAACGGGCACAAAUGAGGGACAACAAAGUGCAGAUCUUCCUAAAACGGGCACGGAUGAGUCAGAGAGCCCUUCUGAGCAAUCAAAUCUGAAGAGGAUGUUUCCAUGCAAAACAUGUGGCAAAGAGUUUGUUGUGGAGAAGAGGCUAAAGAAGCACUCAAGGACUCAUGUUGGACAUAAGUUGCAGAAUGAAAAGAAAAGGAAAAGAGCUCUAAUGGAAAUGGAACUUGAGGAACAAGAAAGGAGAUCGGAGGAAAAAGAGAGGCUUGAUGAUAAGAUGUCAAGUAAUCACAACCCAAGUACUGCGCAGAUGCCUCAAGGAUCCCCCAAAAAAGAGCCAUUACAAAAAAGCAAAACCAGAGGUCAAGGGCCACUACCCUGCCCAUUUUGUGGCAAAGUUUUUGCUUGGGAAAUGCGCCUAUUAAUGCAUAUGCAGAUUCAUUGUGGUGAGAAACCUUACGCCUAUCGGCAGCGCACGAGACGUUUUUAUGGUGACCUGAAAAGGGGCCAGCUUCCGAAAAUCCAUAGUCAGGAGCCUUUGGGGGACAAAAGUGGUGAGUCUGAGGAAUCUGAGUGUGAAGAGAUUGUGAAUAAGGACAGAUCUACACAUCUGAGCAGCAUUGCAACCCAUGCAGUGUCUGGAGCUCUCGCAAGCAGUAUUGAGACCACUGUACCUGAGAACUACACUGGCAGCCCUGACCUUUUACCUCAGAGAGCUAUUGAGCAGCCUACCACUUCUUACAAGAGUAAUCAAACAACCAAACCUGAACUGGUCAGUGACAUCAAGAGUCACUUCAAUUUGCAGCCCAGGAUUGUUCUCCAACCAAUUAUGACUGAAUACAAGUAUUGGAGCUCAGUGCCUCGGGUAGCUGACUUUAAAUCAGGUUGCUUUGAAAUAAGUAGUGGCUUUGAUCACAAACAAACAUCAUACCCAGUAUUGGUUGAUGAUGAAAUGGUGAAUGCUGUGGAAGAUAAAACUGUGGUUUCCAAUUUUUGUACAUUGCCAUUAGAAUUCUCUAGUCAUGGCAUCCAGAACAAAUCUGAAAUAUGCCACAAUGGUAAUCCUGAAACAGAAGUAGUCUUUGUGGAGGUUGGAUCUCCACAGCAUGAUUCGGAAGAAGAGCCUGACAACAUUGGGGGGGCACCGGGCAUUGAAUCUCCUGAGGGAAAAAAUAUGGAGAAUCAACAAAAAGAUGACAGCAACUAUCAUUUUCGUGGUGUUUCAGAAAAAACAGCCAGAAACCAGGUAUCACUUAUAGUUACAGAUGAUGAAGUAGAGCAGUCAAAUGCAAGAACUGUUGCUGAAAAUGCUCUGUCUGAAUGUGGAAGAACGAAGUGUGAUUGGAAGUGUGAAUGUAAAAACAGUUCUGCUAUGAAAUUAACCUGUGUCAUGCCACAGAGUAGCGUUUUACAAUCUUCGUUAAAGGAAACUAUUUCUGGCACACUUCAGAAGAACAUUGACUCUAAAUCAGUUUGUGUUGUCUUCUCAGAUGUUGAAGACAAUGUUAAUGAAGAUGUGUUGAGUUCCUCCAAAGGUUUAGAUAAAAAGAAAACAGCCUUUGUUCCUAGCAUUCAAAAUGAACAAUUAGAGGUGGAGAACAAAUCUUGCAAAAAUUCUUUCAGCAACUCCAACUUUCCAGCUCUAGAUGCAACUGAGCCCACCAAAUCUACUGAUGGUGCCUCACAACUUACUGAAGAUGAGAGUAUCUCAAAUGACCCCCCCAGAAACCAGAUGGCCUUUACUGCCAUUAGACAAACAGAGGAGAGGCCCAUGAGUCCAAAGGAGAGAAUAUCAUGUCAAACAUCUGAUAUGGUGUUUGCUGGUCAAGAAUCUCUGUCGGAAGUUCACGCUGACAAGAAACUGCUAGACAUGGAGAUUACCAAUGGCGAUGAGAGAAAAAAUAAGAAACUGGGUCUGAACAACCAGAUGUCAGAAUCAUUUCUGGAUGAUUCAACUGACAACUUUGUAAUCUUGGGGACAAAUGAACCUCCUGUACAAAAUGUGAAAACAUGUGAGAAGGCAUGUAGAAAUAUAGAACUGCACCUAAAGUUUGAUCACGCAGAAGAACCUGAAGUGGUAAAAGCUUUAAAUCUUGCCACAGACUGUAAAGAAAGGAAACCGUUAUUGAGCAGUUUUGCUAUUAAAAAGAACUUCAACCAACCUAGUGCUUCUAGAAUCGAUUGUGAUGAAGAUAUUGUUAAUUGCAUUUUUUGCCAUGAGUCGUUUCAAUGGAACAAAUUUCGGGAGCAUGCUUUUAUAUGUAAGCACAACAUGAAUCCAGCUGCAUCCAGCAAAACUAAGGAAAUGUUUGAUGCAGGAUUGGGAAAUCUUACUCCAGACACUAUCAGCAUCUCCAGACCUUUAGAGCCAACUAAUGCUCCUGUGUCAAAUCUCUCAGAUAUACUCGAUCGCCCUAUUCCAGAAAUUAGGAUAUGUGAGGUGAAGAGGAACCAUACUUUAGUGCUAGAUCAUCCCCAAAUUCUAUGCACUGGUGACAGCCCAGCACAGAAGGUUUUUGAUCUUAAAUCCUCAAGCCCUCCUAAUCUUGACUCUUGCCAGAGUGCUACUCCAAAAACCUAUUAUCCAGAAGUGAAGGAGUCAACUGUUUCUAACAUUGACAGCAGCAUAGCUCAAAUUGAUCUUUAUGCACAAUCAUUAAGGCCAUCUGUUCUAGAUUCUUGCCAGUGUUCUGCAAUAAAUCCUCCGUAUAUGGAAUCUUCAUUUAGUACAUCACGGAACCCUGAUGUGGAGAUACCUCCCAUACUAGAUUCCUGUCAAACAAUACGAGUCCUAGAAUCUAGAGUUCCAACCAUUCCCAUUUCCAACACUGGUUGCAGUGUUCUUCAGCAAUCCCUUAUAAAACAAACAGAUCAUCCCCAACUUGUGAACCAAACAUUUUCUUCAUAUCCAGAGGUGUCUUGUGAUUUAGAAGCUGAUGAUUAUUCUUCUUUUGAUUCUGGGCAUUGGGACAGCCUUCAGCUUUCUUCAAAACCAAAGGUUCCUUCAAGUCCCGCACCCUUAAAGACUUCUUCUUCUGAAUGCAAUACAGAUUCAAAGUGUACUCUUAAGCUAGCUGUGUUUGAUGAUACAUAUUUGGGCACUAAUGAGACAAAGCAAACCCAAGAUUUAUAUGUAGAAAGGAACAUCUUCAUAGUCUCAGGCAGCUCUGAUGUGCAUCUAGGACCUGAAAGUCACCAUACUCCAGAUCCUAAGAGCUAUUAUGUUGAACAAAGCCAGUGUCAGCAGUCUGAAAGUCUUGAAAAUCCAGAUUCUGACAGGAGUAGGAAUCAGCCAACAGCUGAUCUAGAAUUAAAGUCAGUUCCUUCUGUUCAAGAAAUCAAAUCCAGAGCCGUAGGACACAUGUCUUACCUUAAAUUUAAAGAGUGUGAUUUUCAAGAAGACCCUGAGAAAAUCACUGAUGAGAAUGGAAAUGAUUGUGCUGUUGAAGUUCAACAUGACACAAGCAUAACAUUGACAAGCAAGCAAAAGAGAAAAAGAGUCAACCAGAUCAGCCGUAUGAAAGAGGAGUCAAAGAAAAGUUGUCCAAGUUCUCAUUCUCAGGGUCCUGGAUGCCAAACCAAUUCCACUGAUGACAACUCUAGCGAAUUCAAGAUACAUCACUGCUUUUACUGCAAUCAGCCACAUAACAGAAUGAUGGAUCAUCUUCAGUCAGUUCAUCCUAAUGAACCAGAGGUGGCAAAAGCCCUUACCUUUGACAAGAGCUCACAAGAAAGGGAACAACUUUUGAACCUUCUACAAACUAGGGGAAAUGUUCUACACAACACAAAUGUGGUUCAAAGUAGUAAACAAGAUUUAGAACCAUUUGGGAAGGACAAAUCUACUCAAAAUGCUGAAGAUAGCUGUGGUGAAAUGCUUCCUAUUGCUGGGCCCAUUCCUCCAGCUCCUACACUUAUUUCCCCCUCUAGUCCAGAGGAGAUUGAUGCCAAAAUAGAACCAUCAGGUUUUCAUUGCCUAAAUACCAUCUAUGAAACAGAUUUUGAAAAUGAGCAAGGAAGUUCUUCCAAUCCAGACCUCAGCUGCAAUGUAGAGCAACCAGACAUCUCAAGUCCAAAUGAUGAGGUUAGAAAUGGUAGACAGGCAGAGGGUGACUUUUUACAAUUCAGGCAUUCUCCUGAAAAUGAAGUAGGUUACGAAUUGAAGUCUGAUAAUUCUCCCAAUCCAAGCACGGGUCAAGAAUCAACAGACUGUAAGAUCGAAGGUGUAAGUCUGCCAAAGUGUGAUGUUGAUCAAGAAAGGGCAAUGACAGCAACAUCAGACACCAGUCCUCAUCCAGAAUAUGAUGUUCUCAGAAAUCCAUAUGAUGAUUUCAGUCCACCUAAAAAUGCCCCAACUGUUUCUUAUGACACACAAAAGAGUAGUGUGAAAGCCCAAACUUGUGAAACAGGGAAGAAGAGGAGGAAGAGGUGCUCACAUGUCGAUAAUCAGCCACUGAUCAAGGAUGAUGACUUGGUGGGUGAAGGAGAGAUGUCCAACUCAAAACUACAUGUCUGCCAGCACUGCAAGGCAACUUUCGGCAGUCCAUACAUGCUGCACAGACAUGAACACACUCACACAGGGGACACAUCAUCUAGUGCAGACCAGGAAAAACUGAAAAGGGCAAAGAGAUUAAUUCAAGAUGUAGAAACUUCAAUGAUGGAUGAAGCUAGUAUAGAGCCAUCAACAAAGAGUCCUGAGGAUUUACCAAAUGCUGUUACAGAUGGCACAGGGGGACAAGUUGUAGCCAUUAAGCAAGACACAGAGGUGAGAGAGAUCCAAUUUGAAGAAGCAGGACAGCAAAGACUAUGAGAAGGAUUGCGAGAAGACAUUGCUUACAUCUCACAUUUGUUUUUUAAAUACGUUUUAUAAUAUUGUCUCAGUCUUAAUGGGUUCAAUACUUUUACAGAAUAAUUAGUUUCAUCUUGCUGUACUGUACAGACCAUAGCAUAUGUUUUUUUUUUUUUUAUCAACUCCAGACUGAGAAUAAAAAUCUUUAGAGGAAUCUAAAAGUAUAUUGGUCUUUUUUGGUAUCUGUUAUGUGACUUAAGUUAAGGCAGCUUUCAGUUACUCAUUCCACAAAAAAUACAUACACAAAUGUAAAAUCAUAAAUGUCUUUGCUUUGGAUAAUUGAGUAUAAACAAAAGUUUUAAUUGCAUGUAACAAGUUUCAGGAUACUGAUUUCUGUAAAACAUC